UUUUUUUUUUCCUCUCGAGCGCUCUCUCCAUUUCGCGGCGUGCGCAUCGACGAGCUCGUCGCGCAUGGAGGGAGAUCGGCGAUGGCGAACACGGAGCGAUGCCGGAAGCCCAGCCCUCUCGCCGCGCUCUUCGUCGUCUCUCUCUCGCUCUGCCUCCGAUUCAGCCCAGCCUCUUCUUCUCCGCAGGGUUUUCAAGGGUCUGCAGCUGCAAGAGGCUUAAAGCAAGAUCAAGGGAAUAUCCAUGAGCAUGAAGUACACUGUUCGAGAGAGAGGAGCAGAUCUGCUUCAAAAAUAAUUGAGGAGUAUCUCAUGCCCUUUAUAGAAAAAGAGAGGUACCAGCUUCCAAAUAAGUGUAGACUUCACCCCGAUUAUAACUUGUACGGAGAUCAGGAGCAACAUAAGAUCCACGUGGAUAUAAAUGAAUGGCGAUGUGGGUAUUGUCGGAAGAGCUUCUAUGAAGAAAAAUAUCUUGAUCGGCAUUUUGAUAACAGGCACUAUGAUUUACUAAAUGUGAGUCAAGGAAAAUGCUUGGCAGAUUUAUGUGGAGCACUUCAUUGUGACCUUGUGAUGGAUUCCGUGCAGAAGAAGACUAAGUGUAAUCCUGCCGCUGCAGUGAGAAAUAAACAUUUGUGCGAGAGCUUAGCAGAUAGCUGCUUUCCAGUCAAAGAAGGUCCUUCAUCGAGCCGAUUACACGAAUUCUUCUUGCGCCAAUUUUGUGAUGCCCACACUUGCAAUGGACGUCAAAAGCCCUUCUCCAAGGGUCGCAGAAAGAGAAGAAGCAUAUUCUUCAUCGCCAUGUCUAUUCUGGUUCUCUUGCUGUUGCCACUGUUCUAUCUCUUUGUUUACUUGUAUCAAAGGGGAAUAAGAAGAGGUACACAAGAUUUGAGGCGCGUCACAGAAAGUACACGGAAGAAAAAACCGUCUUGAGUUUGUGGGUUCACAAACUCUUAAGCUUGAUUGUGUCCUUUUCUUCCCUUUUUUCUGUAUCGUUGAAUUUAGCAUUAGAACCAACAUAGUUUGGAUUAAUCAACGCCCACAUUAGGUGUGUUUUGACUCCCAUUUGUCCGUCAGUAGGUCGUGAUAAAAAAACGAAAAGCUCAGAGAGCAGGAAGGACCUAUGUAUUUUUUUUUUUCCUUUUUCUUUACAUUACUUUCAUGACAUUGCAUUCCCAACCGGUAAUUUUGUUUGAUUCGAAUUCGCUGGGAAUGACUAAUCAGUCUUGUCUCAUUGUUGAAUAUAACAUGUAUGAGCAGCCAAGAAAUUUUGUCUAAUA